CACCGGUUGACACUUCCGCUUCCGGUGAGGAGGCUGCUGUGAGUCUCAGUGUCUGCUGCCCCUGUAACCACCCAACACUGCUCCAGAGCGCCUCCUGUCUGCUGUCCCCGGAGUCUCCCCUGCUGGACCGACCAUGAUGUCCCUCCUGUCUCGGUUGCUGGACUGGUUCCGUUCUCUGUUCUGGAAGGAGGAGAUGGAGCUGACGCUGGUCGGGCUGCAGCACUCAGGGAAGACCACCUUUGUCAAUGUCAUAGCGUCAGGUCAGUUCAGUGAGGACAUGAUACCGACCGUCGGAUUCAACAUGAGGAAGGUGACGAAAGGAAACGUCACCAUUAAGAUCUGGGACAUUGGGGGACAGCCUCGGUUUCGUAGCAUGUGGGAGCGGUACUGUCGCGGUGUCAAUGCCAUUGUUUACAUGGUGGACGCAGCUGACAAUGAGAAGAUAGAGGCGUCUCGUAAUGAACUGCACAACCUGCUGGAUAAACCUCAGUUGCAGGGUAUACCGGUUCUGGUUCUGGGAAAUAAGAGAGACCUCCCGAGCGCACUGGAUGAGCGGCAGCUGAUCGAGAAAAUGCACCUUGCCAUGAUCCAGGACAGGGAAAUCUGCUGCUAUUCCAUUUCCUGCAAAGAAAAAGAUAACAUAGAUAUCACCCUGCAGUGGCUAAUCCAGCACUCCAAGUCGCGCCGUAGCUAAGAGAGCUUGGUCAUAUUAACUGCUGCUCUAUAUUAUGGAACAUGCCCUCCCUGCCCUUCCCCAGGACAGGCUCUCUAUCUCCCUGCCCUGUUUCUAGGGACAUAUGUUAUUUACACUGUUAUGUGGUAGCAGAAGGCACACCAUGGUGCCCAUCUUCUUGAAGAUAUACUGCAGUUCUCCAUCCAGGGUCAUGUCUUUGUUUCCUGCUCUACCUUGGCAUACAAACGUUACUGGCCUAUGCUCAAGCUGCAACCUUACAUUCUACCCAUCCUGCUGAAUAUAUUCCUCUUUCUAUGACUGAUUCAUCCUGCAGUGAUGUCCUGUGGCUCACCCUAAAUCUUACCUGUCUUCAAGACCUACAUAUCUCUCUUCUUGCAUUGUAAUCCCACCUGCAGACGUCCCCUGAUGUCUCCACAAAUACGGUUUCUCCAGGAGGUCCUGUUUGGGUCUUCAGGCUUCCCAAUGACUAAUUUUUUAUGAUUUCAAGGAUUGUCUGCAUUCAUCUGGUUGUCCAUUGCCCUAUUCUAAUCUAAUGUUUCCCAUGCCGGGUCCUUCUGUCAGCACCAAGGGUUGCCUUGCUCUCCUCCACACACAGAUGUGCCUUCAUGUCUGCUCUUUGCACCAUGGUCUUGAGAGAUUUCUUGCUGCUUUUCACCUCAAUAAUUAAUCUUCAAAACUUCCUAAAAUCAUCUAAGCUGUAGGAACCAUCCAUGCGUGUGUGGAUUUGUAGACAUCUUACUGACUGCGUUCUUCUGGAGUCUUUUGGUUUUCUCUUCAUGGUUUCAUCCAAAGUUUAAAGACGUCUAUUUUAUAUAAAGAUGCCAAAGUAGACUGGGGAGCAGGGUGGACACCUGAAAUAGGUGCCUGGAGCCAAUGUAAAGAGUCAGCCUGGAGCCAAUGUAAAGAGUCAGCACUACAGCAACAUGGUCAGUCACCUGUUCCGGCCAUCCACCUUCAGACUGUGGUUGUAGAGCAGCGCAUUCCGCUCAGAGGAUUACAUACCCCUUAGUCCACAGAUCAUUCAAGAUGGGGAGAUAGAGGCUUUGAACUGCAGAAAAUUCUUUAUGUCCUUCCACUAGGUACUGGAGAGGGGCUGCAUCUCCUCAACAGCAGCUCUGAUCAGCUCCAUCUUUCAUUCUAAGCCCAAGAGUUAGCUAAUCCCUUCCCACCUUUGCAAGCCCACGGUAUGUUUCCCUUCCCGCAAUACUGUAGUUGUGACUACACAGAGACUUUGCUUUAGUUUACACUGCUGCUGCUAUUCAUGUUUUCUUUUUGCCUUUUCCUUGUGCCUGAGUAAUAGAAGAUCUCCACAGAACCAGGAUGUUUCAGCUUUAAGGAGUUCUAAAAGCAAGCUAAAAUGGAGGAAUUGCACACAACUGGAGCCUGUUGCUGAGUAAAGAGGGCUUCUAACUUACAGGUAUAGGUACAUUUUGAAUCAUUUACAUCUGAAUGUCACUUUUAGUAAGUUUGCAAAUGUUUGCAGUACUGAUCUUGAGUUACAUAAUUUUGGCUCAAGUCACACCCAGAACUGAAUUUAGAAAUCAUCUGUUUUCCCAUUGACUCUUACGCUGCCUAACCUCACAGCCUCCAGCAACUCUAGCAUCUUAGGGAUACAGGGGAAGAUUUAUCAAAACCUGUCAUGAGGAAAAGUUGCUGAGUUGCCCAUAGCAACCAAUCAUCGAAAUGGCCUCUGAAAAAUAAAAGAAGCAAUAUGGGCAAAACUUUUCCUCUGAACAGGUUUUGAUAAACCUCCCUCUAUAGUGUUUACACCAUACACUGUCCACUGAUGUGAAGCACAGCACUGUGGGGAAUAGGUAUGAAAACCAUUGCAAAGACCCCCUGCAUGUCUUGCAAUGCAGCACAGCCAGGGAAUAUUGAUUCCCAAUUCAUUUUAAAGGAUAGUCAACAGAGUAGUGAUUACAGCUCAGUGUGAUUGGAGUUGGAGACAUGAUUCAGAGGAUCAGUACAUUAUAAGAAAGCACCGUACAGUUGUCCUUCAACUUUUACAAUGGCCACAGGUUACAAUAUUUUCAGCAUACAAUGGUCAUUUCUGGACCAUUGUAACUUGAAACCAAUGGCUGGAAGAUCUGAGAAAUCAGAAUGGGCAUUUCACUGAUAAAACUCCUGUAUUACUGAAGUGCAUGCACUGGCUGUCUGGAAGUACCUUCCUACAGUACAGGGAGGUAUUACAUGUUCUGUACUCUUUACCUGUGCCACAGUUUGCUGCUCCUUUGGACACCAGGUGAGUGCAGCUCCAUUGCACUUUUUUAGGACACUGUGUUCUGUACAGAACACUGAAGAAGCUCCUGUCUUCUAAAUAUAGUGAUUUACAGCUCCCAGCAGAUCUUUCUUACUUUUAUAUGUAAGGACUUGCUUUAUCUAUAUUAGUUAUCUGCUUAUUUUUAUUUAUCAAUUUUUCCUUUUUUUGCAUAACAUUUUGGUGGCUUCAGAACCAUUUACCAGGUUUUCAUUUACCAGGUAUUAUAGUCUUAACAUACUAUGGUUUCAACUUACAAUGUCAUCCUGGAACCAGUUAAUAUUGUAAUUUGAGGGGUCACUGUCAUUUGUAAAUGGGACUAGUUAUCACCUUCACACAGCCAGAAUUACAAGCCAUCCAGAUGGUACCUGUGGUUUGUGCCUGUCUCCCCCCUCCAGCCAACCAAGACUGGUAGAGUGGGGAGAAGCUUUUUGGGACCAUCCUGAUGACUCUGAAUUCUGACAGCAAGGUUAUGACUGGUUCCUUUUAACUGAAAUGUUCUUUCCUAGAACUAUUGCUAAAUACAUUGACUUCCCUCUGUGCUUUCUUGGUCAUCAUUCUUGCCUCACCAGUAACUAGUAAAAAUCUGUACUAGGAUUACAACACAAGGCUGUAUGACUGAAUCCAGAGCAUUAAAGAGUACCUGUCACCAAAUAAACUUUUGUAAACUAACUCAGGCUAUUAUCUCUAACUACUCCUAACACCCCUUCCGCCGUAAAAAAAAAAAAAAAAAUCACAGCUUUAAAAAGCUCUAUAUCUUACCAUUCUUCUUGCUCACAUAGUGCAAUCUCCCAGCAGGAGAAAGUGGCCGUUUCCUAGCAGACAUGACAUCACUGAAGCCUGCUGGGGGACCACUUCUGCCCUCACAUCUUUGCAGUGCUGUGAUGAAUAGAAGACCUUAGGCUCUGUGCAGCUUUCAGUGAGGCUCUGUACAGAACAGCGCCACCUAGUGGCUGAUUUUUCUAUUACAUAGGAAACAUUAUAUUAACCCCUUAACGAGGCAGGAUGUAUAUUUACGUCUUGCGUCGGCUCCCGUGAUAUAAAGGGUCGGUCCCGGCAGCUAAUACCGGACAUCGCCGAUCACGAUGAUGCCCAGUAUUAACUCUUCAGACGCAUAAAGUUGACUGCUGCGUCUAAAGUGAAAGUAAAACCUUCCUUGCAGCUCAGUCGGGGCUGAUCGGUGUCCCAAUCAGCCGUUAGGACACGCGGAAGGUCCCUACCUGCCUCCUCGUUGUCAGAUUGUCGAUUCACUGCUCUGUGCCUGAGAUCCAGGCAGGAGCAGUGGAGUGCCGAUAACACUGAUCAAUGCUAUUCUAUGGCAUAGCAUUGAUCAGUGUCUGCAAUCAAUGUACUGCAUGUUAUGGUCCCCUAUGGGGGCUAUAACAUUGCAAAAAGAAAGUGUAAAAAAUAUAGUUAAUAAAUGUGAUUUAACCCCUUCCCUAAUAAGUUUGAAUCACCCCCCUAUUCCUAUUUUUUUUUUUUAAAGGGGUAUUCCAGGCAAAACCUUUUUUAUAUAUAUCAACUGGC